CCCAAAUGGAAAGCAGUAUGAAACCAAGGGUGACAGUUACGAGUUGGCAACAGCGCAAAAUUCCAUUGUAACUUAACCUCAAUAACCCAUUUCGGAAUUAAGAUUUGUACCAAAAUGUUUAAAAAAUUUGACGAGAAGGAAAGCGUCUCCAGCAUAUUGCAGCUAAAAUCGUCGAUACAAAAAGGCAUCCGCUCGAAACUUGUCGAACUUUAUCCCAACUUAGACGGUCUAUUAGAUUCAAUUUUGCCAAAGAAGGAUGCGAUGAGGAUAGUGAAAUGUCACGAUCAUAUAGAAAUUAUAAUAAAUAGCGCGGGCGAGUUACUGUUUUUCAGACAUCGGGAAGGCGCCUGGAUGCCGACUUUACGCUUACUUCACAAGUACCCUUUCUUUCUGCCGAUGGAACAAGUGGAUAAAGGUGCGAUUAGGUUCGUUCUUAGUGGAGCUAAUAUUAUGUGUCCGGGGCUCACAUCUCCGGGUGCGGAAAUGGUUGAAGCAGAAAAAGGAACAAUUGUGGCUGUGAUGGCAGAAGGAAAACAACAUGCCUUAGCUAUAGGAAUGACUGCCCUUUCUACGGCGGAUAUUGCAAAAAUUAACAAGGGCAUCGGAAUAGAAAACAUUCACUAUUUAAAUGACGGGCUGUGGCAAAUGAAACCUAUUAAGUAAGCUGUUUGUGAUGUUCUACAUUUGAUGCUCUUUGCUUUUGAAGCUUUGAAUUAUUUUGUAAUAUCGACGUUGUAAAAUAAAAACUGCAAGUUGUUGUUUCUGUAGUA